UGGUACUUAAAGCUCUCCCAGCUUUGGUUUUGAUGGAUAAAACGAGCACUGAGCUCGACCCGCCAUACCGACUGACAAUUGCUGCUCGAGGCGCUGGUGCCAGAUAUGGAUAACGCGCGGGACACCUCUGGGCGCUGGUGCGCAUCUUCAUAAAGUACGACACUUCGGGACUGACGAGGACUAAAAAUUCAUUUGUUAUGAGUCAAAACCGCUGACAACCGGAGAACACAAAGCUUCUUCUAAACCAACAAACUAAUUUGGAGAGAAUAGUCCGCGAAAAGCCUUCAAAGUACUUUUACAAACUUCAUAGGAAGCGUUGAAGUAGAGAAGAUGCGUCAAAACGCGGCAGGCAGAUUUCAGAUGCUGCUUUGGUCAUUACUUCUCGUUAGUUUGGGGACGGGAUUUCCUACCAGGCACAAUGUUGCCCACAAGGCUCAGGGCCACCCAUUUCACAGUGCUGGGGUCCAAUAUAUCUCUGACACUCUGGAGCAGCAGAACCAGGUGCAGAGUCUGCUGCCUGAAUCGAACAGCCAACAGAGGAGGUGGUCACACCCUCAGCACCGCUCUGUUGGUGUUCUCCCACAGCCGGAGCCUGAGGAGGAGACCCAGCCCUUCAUCUUGGACCUCAAGAACUUCCCAGAUCUAGCAAAUGCUGACAUCAAUGCGCAGAACCCCAACAUACAGGUAACUAUUGAGGUGGUGGACGAUCCUCAGAUGGAGGUAGAGAUGGACCUGGCCAAAGAAAAGGACUGGUUUCCCUCCUUUUCCUCCUCCCCUUCUUCUACAGUAGAUUGGCUCGGAGGCAAGAAACUUUUCUGGCCCCUUUUCUGGAGUUACACAGAUGCUGAUUCCAGCGAGGACAGCAACAGCCGGUCAGGCACAGCGGAAACUGGCGAGGAAGAGGAGGAGGAAGAUUACUCCCUGGAUUACGGAAGCGAGGAGCCCUUACCUAGUGGAGUGGGUGAAGACUGGGAUCCCUACUGGAACAAAGGCUGGGAUCCAGUACAGAGCUACUAUGAGAAGGAGACAGAGGAGUGGACUCCCUGGUCUCCCUGUUCAGUGACAUGUGGACAUGGUGAGAAAAAGAGGACCAAGUCCUGUGGUUACUCUUGCACUCUGACAGAAGCCUCUAAGUGUGACUUGGACCCUUGUCCUGGUGAUCUCAACACUGUGGUAGAGCCUUUCCCUUUUGAGAUGGAGAAUGGCACAGAGCCAUUUGGAGCAGAUGUGGAUAGCUGUGAAAAGUGGCUCAAUUGUAAGAGUGAGUUCCUUCAAAGAUACCUCCACCAGGUGUUGUCUGAGUUGCCCAGCUGCCCCUGUUCCUUCCCCUCUGAAGUGGCAUACGCUGUGGUCAGUGUCUACGAUGACAGUCAUGGACGGCAGUUCCGCUGGCGAGAUGCCAGUGGCCCUAUGGAGCACCUGGACAUCUACAAGCCUUCAGCGAAUAGCUGCAUCCGCUCCGCCCUUUCCGGUGACUCAUCUACACUUGCAGCACAACACUGUUGUUAUGAUGAUCGUGGACGGCUGAUCACACGGGGCAGAAGUGCAGGCACGCCUAACCUGAUCAGCACUGAGUUCUCACCCGAGCUGCACUUCAAAGUAGAUGUGCUACCGUGGAUCCUGUGCAAGGGAGACUGGAGUCGAUUCCAUGCUGUACGGCCACCCAACAAUGGGCUGAGCUGCCCAGAAAACCCCCAUGAAGAUGUGUUUAUGAAUGAACUGGAAGAGGCCAGGGAGUAUUGAGGGACCACAGCCAAAACGACCGCUUCACUCAGAGUCACAGGGCCCAAUCCUAACUUGACUACCUACCUUAAAAGUCAUGAAAUAUUAACCAUGCACUGAUUCAGAGGAAAUGCACAUUUGUGAAUGAGAGAUUUGGUGAAGUGUGGCUGUCUCAAGGUAGGAUUUGGCCCACUGUCCUGAUAUCAGGCUUGACUGAACUAUAUAAGUAUAUGAAUGGAUAAAAGCAGUAUUCUUCCAUUGCUUGUCAACUUGUUACACAUCUAGCAUGACAUCCAGCUCCUUCUCUUUAUAUUCAGUGCACUCUCCUGGGGGUGUGUAGGCAUGGUGUUUACUAAUGGCUAUUUGAUGGUGUCCUGGAGUGCUUGUGAUUGACUAAUAUCAACAUAUUGUAAACAUCCUCAUCGUGCUUCUUGUAAGUUUUACAUUAGGAAAUGUGGGAGUAUGGGUUGGUUAUACUGAUGAAACAAAACCCUGAACGGGCAUAGUCUGACAGAUGAAUCUCCCAGUUAUGCUGCUACAAUAUAAAAUCCUACAGGUUUUACAAAUGUAUUAAGAUGAACUAGUCAAUAGGACAUCAGUAGACCCAUAAUAUGCUGCAUGCAUUCACAGUAAUGUACAUUUCAGUCAGCCUUUUGGGACAUUAAACUACAGACAAAAAUGUGUUGAGGUAUUUGAGAGCUGACCCAGAGAAGUAAGCUAAAUGAUUUGAUAUAUUCUGUUAUAUCCGAGCUUGCUAGUGAGAAUUAUGAGAAAAGCUGUCAGGCAGUACUACAACAGAAACAGAACCUUUGAUUUCAAAUGUUUUGCCACACAGAUUGAUUUCAUCAAUCACAUUUUAACAGCCAGGAAAACAUGAUUUGGGUGCCAAAGAGUUACCAAUCA